CAGGAUUCCACCUAGCACGGAACACCCGAAUCGCCGCUGCAGCUUCUGUUUACAGACGGCGGCCGGCCGCUAUGGCCAGCUCCACUGAUCUCUACUCCAUCCCCGAGACAGGCAAACUGACCAACCCAAACAACGUCUACUCUCCGGUCGAGACCAUGCGGCGUUAUAUGGAAAGUCUCCCGCAGGACCUCACCCUCAAAGAAGAACUUACAGACCAGCAUUUCUGGAAGGCUGUACGGACAGAAUUCUUGGCUACUCUGUUACUCACAGUGUUGGGUUGUGGGUCCUGCUUGCGAUGGAAGGCACCUCCUUCUGACCAGAUGACUGCCUCGGCCGUCGAACUGAGAGUGGCCCUGGCUUUUGGACUCGGUGUGGCCACUUUGGUCCAGUGUGUAGGCCAGGUGAGCGGUGGUCACAUGAACCCGGCUGUGACAGUGGCCCUGCUUGUGACCAGGCACAUCAGUUUGGCCAGGAGUGCUGCGUACGUGCUGGCCCAGUGUCUGGGUGGUCUUGCUGGGGCUGGAAUUCUGUAUGGUCUGACACCUCAGGGUCAAAGACUGAGCGCUGGCCUAGGGGCCACCGAGCCGGCGGAUGGCGUGGCAGCUUCUGAAGCGUUCGGCAUAGAGUUCAUGGCUUCUGUUGUAGUGGUUAUCACGGUGCUAUCUAACAUGGAUCCUCAGAGAACUGAGAUGGGCUGCAAGUCGUUAUCAAUUGGGUUUUCGUAUGUGGUAGGACAUCUGCUGGCGUUUCCUUAUACCGGUGCCAGUUUCAAUCCAGCAAGGUCAUUCGGUCCAGCAAUCGUCACGAACACGUGGAGAUUACAUUGGAUCUACUGGGUGGCACCAGUGCUCGGUGGCAUAAUUGGAGGCGUGACCUACGACUACACGCAGGAGUCGCAUUCUCAUCAAUCUCUACGGCGGUCCUUCCGCAAGAAACCUGCCAGGGAUCUCAGCGCGCUCUCGAACAACGAGACUGAGCUCAGCCUGGAUCACUGCAGACUCUGACCAUUGUCCCCCUCCCCUGCCGAAAUGAGAAUCCCUCGACUCUGUAAAUAAGAUGAACAUCUGGUGCUCUGUAGGAAAAGCCAACAAACCUUUGUUUUUCUUUAACAGGAAAACUACAAUAUAUUUUAUGAGCAGUUAAUAUUUCAUAAAAAGGAAGAUGAUUUCAUAAUGAUGGUUCGUGCGGUUAUGGGCAAUCAGAUGCAUCAUAUCUUUGUUAAAAGGUUAAUGAAUGAAUAAAUUUAACAUGAAUUUUUUUAAAAAGCUGAAAAGGGACUUAUAGACGUGGCAUGGAUUUUAUUACUUUUAAUAUAAAAAUGUCUAGAAAAAAAAGAGAUACACGAAAUAAAUAUAUAUAUACAAGAAUUGCUUGUUUAAAAUUAUAAGAUAAAUUAUAGAAAAAAUUAGUUUUGAAAAUCUGUUUUCCACAGUCUAUAUAACACAAUCUAUAAGAUAGGUUUAAAAGGCUAUCAUGUUUUUGUUCACGAGAGGCAAUCAAAUUAUCAUGGAAUGAGUUAAAGAAGCAAAAAGUUUACUAAAUCUAAUUGCAUAUCAACAAUUGCAUAUUAUUAACUGAUACAUACGGUCUGAAAAUCACACGACUAUUAUGUGGAUCAUUUCAGCUGUGAUUUAGAUUGAUUAAUUUCUAAUUCAAGAAACAUACUCCACUUCUUUUUGUUUACAUAUUUAUUUUAAACAUUCAGAAUGACUGUACCCGUAUUUCUGUGACAGUAAUGUUAAAAAUCCUUUUCUAAUUGAUUUGUUGAAAGUUGUGCCUCCAUUUUUUGCUCUGAAUAGAAGUUAGAUUUCCAACAGGUUUAUAUAUCUAUAAAAUAUAAUCUGUGCCGCAUAUUCAGGAGAUGAAUACAAAGCUUUAAAUUAAUAAUAAUUUAAAUAAUACAUAGAGUAUAACAAUAUAAUUCGUAAAUAACAAUCAUUUUAUCACUUCAAUAAAAAAUUUUGUCGUGAAUUUGU